AUGGAAAUCGAAUGCUUUGAAGCGUUUUUUUGCCCCGCUCGUCUUAAGGACAUCUCAGGAGACACGUCAACAUGGUAUAAACCUACUCCAUCUGGAAGUAAACCUUCCUCCGGACCUUCUUCCAGGAGUGGAAUGCCAGGAGUCAGGCAGCGAAAGGUCUUGCCUGUAGCCUCGCGUCGCCCGGUUACACCAGCAGCCCAAAAGAAUCCGGUGUGGCUUUUCUAUUCUGAGGAUUCACCAGGCAUAAAAGUCGGUCCUGUUCCAGUCCUUGUUAUUGCCGAGUUCAAGGUUGUCAUUCCGAACCUAGACAUCAAGGGUUUCAAGAUCGCCGCCACAUGCUACAUAAGCUUCUUUUGCGUGAACAAACUCAUCAAGCUCAGAUAA